UACAUAGUUGGAGACAACCUUGCAAGAAGUCAGGAACUAGUUAAAGGUUCAUUUGUACCCGAUCUUAUUUUUUAAAAGUUCAAAACGCUAGUAGUUAUAUAAUAUUAAUAAUGAUAUUGUUUAAGUUCUUUGUUUUGUUGAGCUGUGCGAUCUUCAGUUCUGCUCAGUUUAACGAUAACCAAGAACCUAACCGCAAUACUAUUGUCCAUUUGUUUGAAUGGAAGUGGAAGGACAUCGCCCAAGAGUGUGAGGACUUCCUCGCUCCAAACGGGUAUGGUGGAGUUCAGCUAUCACCUCCCAGUGAAAAUGUUAUAGUCGAUGAGAGACCUUGGUUUGAACGUUACCAACCUGUUUCGUACAAUUUAACAACCCGUUCUGGCAAUGAGGAAGAAUUCCGUGACAUGGUUGAGCGUUGCAAUAAAGUUGGUGUUCGCAUCUAUCCGGAUGUUGUGUUCAACCAUAUGGCUGCCUUAAGUGGAAGAGGAACAGGUGGAUCACUUUCCGAUCCAGAUAAUAAUAACUUCCCAGCUGUUCCGUACACUGCUGAAGAUUUCCAUCCUACUUGCUCUCUAAAGGAUUACAGCAAUCCUAAGGAAGUUCGUAAUUGUGAACUUGAGGGACUGAAAGACCUGGACCAAAGCAAGGAACAUGUUCGUCAAAAAAUUGUAGCAUUCCUAAAUCAUCUGAUUGAUAUUGGGGUCGCCGGGAUUCGUGUUGAUGGUUGCAAACAUAUGUGGCCUGAGGAUUUAAAAGCAAUAUUUAGUCAACUCAACGAUCUUAAUACUGAACAGGGUUUCCCCGAAGGAUCAAGACCAUUUAUUUUUCAAGAGGUUAUUGAUUUGGGUGGCGAAUCAGUCUCAAGCAGUGAAUAUACAGAUAUAGGAACCGUCACAGAGUUUCGUUUCUCAGAUAAAAUUGGAGAGAUCUUCAACAAGAUUCAACCACUACACACAUUGAAUAAUUUCGAUAACGAUUUCUUGCCAUCUGAUAAAGCUCUGUUUUUUGUUGAAAAUCACGACAAUCAACGUCAGCAUGGUGCUGGUGGAAAUCACAUUUUAACAUUUAAGCAACCAAAAGCUUAUAAAAUGGCCAUUGCAUUUAUGUUGGCCUACAAUUACAAAAAUACUCGUAUUAUGAGUUCCUUUGAUUUUACUGACAAAAAUCAAGGUCCACCUACCGAAGAUGAUGGUGAAACAAUUUUAUCGCCCAGCUUCAAUGAAGAUGGCUCCUGUGGAAAUGGUUGGAUUUGUGAACAUCGUUGGAAUGCAAUUCGUAAUAUGAUUGAAUUUAGAAAUGUUGUUAAGGGAACCGAAAUUAGUAAUUGGUGGGAUAAUGAAGGUGAUCAGAUAUCGUUUUGUCGGGAAGAUAAAGGAUUUAUAAUAUUUAACCAAGAGGAUGCCGAUUUGGAUGAAGAUUUUAAGGUGUGUUUACCGGCUGGUACCUAUUGUGACAUUAUUACCGGAAGAAAAUCGGGCUCUAGCUGCACAGGAAAAUUUAUAACUAUAGAUGAAAGGGGAAUAACUCAUAUCAAUAUUGCAGCCGAUGAUGAUGAAGGUGUAUUGGCAAUUCAUGCAAAUUCAAGGUUGGAGGACUAAA